UUCCUAUGAUCCUAUGGCUAAUGGCUAUGCUUUUGUUUCUAAAAAUUAUUCCAGUUUGAGGGGCAGUGUGUUUCCUAAUACAAUAAUUAUUAUGAACCAUGAUUCAUCCUGGAAUUGUUUGACUGAGAGGCUUGCUCUCAUAGGGUUAAUACCAAAAGAUGUUGGUGGGUCUGGUGAUUGCUUUUUUAAGUCAGUUUCACAUCAGCUCUACGGAUUUGCAGAUUUGCAUUAUGACAUUCGUACAACUGGAAUAGAUCAUUUAUACAACUAUCCAGAAUUUUAUCUUGAGAGUAUUGGUAAUGAUCACUGGACAAAUUAUAUUGAACAAAUGGCAAAGCCAGGUACAUGGUGCGAUAAUAUUAUUAUUCAAGCUGUGGCUAAUGCUUUCAACUGUGUAAUUCACUAUAUAUUGCCUACAGUUGUUAUUGUAAAAUUUGAUGACUAUAGUGGUCCAUCUAUCAGUGAUAGCAUUCCAGGAUGUGUUCCUAUAUGCCCAAUAACAGUAACUUCACAAACAGUAGAUGGUAUUCAUGAAAGGCAACAAUUGCCUCUAAAACUUGCUUGGGCAAUAACAAUACACAAGAGUCAAGGAUUAACACUGCCAAAAGCAUGGAUUGACAUUGGUCAGAGUGAAAGAACUGCAGGCAUUUCAUAUGUAGCUAUAUAUUUUAUCGAUGAGAUUUCUAUGGUUGGAAGUGGCAUGUUCAACUUUUUGAACUUAAGGUUGCAACAAAUUAUGGGAACUAAUGAACCAUUCGUUGGAAUAAGCUUGGUAACUGUUGGAGAUCUUUUCCAGCUUAAGCCAGUUUUUGAUAAGUGGAUCUUUGAAAAUUCCCAAUCUGGCUAUGAUGAAUUUGCAACUAACAUUUGGACAGAGUACUUCACCCUUUUCGAAUUGACAGAAAUAAUGAGACAAAAAGAUGACAAAGAAUUUGCUCAGCUACUCAAUCGUUUGAGAGAGGGAAAUCAGUCUGAAGGUGAUAUAUCCAUUUUGCAACAACGACUUCUGAAUGUAAGGCCUGAACAAGAUAAUUAUCCUAUGAACAUGGGACAUUUAUAUACCACAAAUGCAUCAGUAGAUGCUCACAACAAUGCUCUGUAUACCCUCUCUAAAGCUGAUAAAGCUCAGAUUAAGGCUGUGGACGUUAUAGUUGGGGACAUUUCUGAUGAUCUCAAGAAACAAAUGAAAAACAAAAUCCCAGAUGAUCCAACACAGACAAUGGGUUUAUAUUCGCUAGUGUCUGUAGCGACUGCAGCAAAAUAUGACUUGACAACUAAUAUUGAUGUGACUGACGGGCUCACCAAUGGUGCAGAGUGUGUCAUAGAAAACAUGGACUACAGAGUUGAAAAUUCCACCAGACCAAGUAUUAUCUGGGUCUCUUUUCCACAUCCUGACAUAGACAAGAGCGUUAUUUCAGACUACGAGUCAGAGGAGAUGGUGAUAAAGAAGCUGGAAAAAGAACUGCUGUGGAGAGAGUGA